UGCAAAAUGCAAUCAAACAAAUGCUCAUUUCGAUUGGUUUAAUUAGCAAUUUGACCGACAAAAAAAUGACAUUAAAUCAUUAAUGAAGAUCUUCACCUUCAACUCAAAUGUAUAAUUAGGGUUAUAUGUAUCUGAAAAUUGAAUAAUUAAAUUGCUGUGAUUUUUUUUGAGAUUGUUUCGUAAUGGAAAGUAACGUACAAGGACCACUUGUUGGUUGUGAAAUUCAUGGAUUUCGUACUAUGCAAGAUCUGGAUAUUCCCAACAUAAUGGAGGAAUCAAAGAUGAGGUGGCUCCGACCAAAUGAAAUUCAUGCAAUGCUUUGCAAUCACAAGUAUUUCAACAUCAAUGUCAAGCCUGUAAACCUGCCUAAAAGUGGCACAAUUGUGUUGUUUGAUCGUAAGAUGCUCAGGAAUUUCCGGAGAGAUGGACAUAACUGGAAGAAGAAAAAGGAUGGGAAAACUGUAAAAGAAGCUCAUGAACACUUAAAAGUUGGUAAUGAAGAACGAAUCCAUGUAUACUAUGCACAUGGACAAGAUAACCCAACCUUUGUUCGGAGAUGCUACUGGUUGCUUGACAAGACUCUCGAACACAUAGUCCUUGUCCAUUAUCGUGAAACUCAAGAGGGUUCCUCCAACAACACAGUUGCACACAGUUCUCCAGCUGCCCCAGUUAAUUCUGGUUCGUCAUUGUCCGAUCCAGCUGAUCUGUCCUCUUCUUGGGUUUUAUCAGGAGGACCUGAUUUGACAGUUGAUCGCCAAUACUCCACUAGCCAACAUGCACAUUUAGAGCCUAACAGGGAUACGACCGUCCAAAAUCAUGAACAGAGACUACUCGAGAUUAACACACUAGAAUGGGAUGAGCUGUUGGCACCUGGUGAUCCUAACAAGAUAAUUGCUAAUCAACAAGCUGGAGGUACAACUGCUUAUAUGCAGCACACACCGUAUGAGCAACACAAUCUAUGUGAAUUAAGUGGUUACAGCCUCAAUGGUGUCUCCUCUUCUCUUGAGAGAAUGUCUACAGUUAACAAUUCAAAUGAGAUCACAGUCCAGACAGUGGAUGGUCAAAUGACUUCAAGUUUUCAGAAGAAUGAGUCUGGAGUAAUGACAGUAAGCACAGGCGAUUCCUUUGAUAGUGUGAACAAGGAUGGACUUCAAACUCAGGAUAGCUUUGGAAGGUGGAUGAACUACCUUAUCGCUGAUUCUCCAGAAUCCACAGAUGAUCCAACUCCUGAAUCUUUAGUGUCUACAGGUCAAUCAUAUGCAAGGGAGCAGAUAUUCAACAUAACAGAAAUCUCGCCUGCGUGGGCUCUUUCAACUGAAGAAACAAAGAUUGUUGUCAUUGGGCAUUUUCACGGAGGACAGUCACAUCUGGAAAGUUCUAGCUUGCAUUGUGUAUGUGGAGAUUCUUGUUUUCCUGCAGAAGUUCUCCAACCUGGGGUAUAUCGUUGUGUUGUUUCUCCUCAAACCCCUGGACUGGUAAACAUGUAUUUAAGUUUCGACGGCAAUAAACCUAUUAGUCAAGUCAUGAGCUUUGAGUUUCGAGCUCCCUCAGUACAUGUUUGGCCAGAUUCUCCGGAGAAUAAAUUUAGUUGGGAUGAAUUUAGAAUUCAAAUGAGGCUUGCUCAUCUGCUGUUCUCUACAUCUAAGAGUCUUAAUAUUUUAUCCAGUAAAAUACAUCAAGAUUUGCUGAAAGAUGCAAAAACAUUUGCUGGAAAAUGUUCUCACAUUAUUGAUGAUUGGGCCUGUCUGAUCAAAUCAAUUGAAGACAAGAAACUCUCUGUGCCAUGUGCAAAAGACUACUUGUUUGAGCUCUCUUUGCGAACCAGAUUACAGGAAUGGCUGUUGGAAAGAAUUGUGGAUGGAUGUGAAAUCGCGGAACAUGACGAGCAAGGUCAAGGAGUUAUCCAUUUGUGUGCUAUCCUAGGUUACACUUGGGCUGUAUAUCCAUAUUCCUGGUCUGGUUUGUCAUUGGAUUAUCGAGACAAAUAUGGAUGGACAGCUCUCCAUUGGGCUGCAUAUCAUGGAAGGGAAAAAAUGGUUGCGACUCUUUUAUCUGCUGGAGCAAAACCAAAUUUAGUCACAGAUUCUACUUCAGAAAACCUUGGUGGAUGUACUGCUUCUGAUGUUGCAUCUAAAAAUGGUCAUGAGGGUUUGGGAGCUUAUCUUGCUGAGAAGGCUUUAGUUGCACAAUUUAAGGAUAUGACCUUAGCUGGAAAUAUCAGUGGUUCACUCCAGACGACUACUGAAUCCAUAAACCCCAGGAACUUCACAGAUGAAGAGCUAAAUCUGAAAGAUAGUUUAUCAGCUUAUCGUACUGCUGCAGAUGCAGCUGCACGUAUCCAGGCUGCAUUCAGGGAGCGGUCACUGAAAGCGCGGACAAAAGCAGUUGAGUCUUCAAAUCCAGAGAUGGAAGCACGUAAUAUAAUUGCGGCUAUGAAGAUUCAGCAUGCUUUCCGCAACUAUGAGAUGCAGAAACAGUUGGCAGCUGCUGCACGAAUCCAGUAUAGGUUCCGAACUUGGAAGAUGAGGAAAGAGUUUCUUCACAUGCGCCGUCAGGCCAUCAAAAUUCAAGCUGUGUUCCGUGGUUUCCAAGUCCGAAGGCAGUACCGGAAGAUAAUUUGGUCUGUCGGUGUGCUUGAAAAGGCACUAUUUAGGUGGCGUUUGAAGAGGAAAGGCUUUCGUGGGCUUAAACUCCAGUCUAGUCAAGUAGUUAAUAAUAAGCCAGAUGAUGUGGAGGAGGAUUUCUUCCAAGCCAGUAGGAAACAAGCUGAAGAGCGUAUUGAAAGAUCUGUUGUGCGAGUUCAGUCCAUGUUUCGUUCAAAGCAAGCACAAGAACAAUAUAGGAGGAUGAAGUUAGAACAUAAUAAAGCAACGCUGGAAUACGAAGGGACUCUUGAUCCUGAUACUAAGAUGGAGUAAGAGGACAAAGUACAAGCAUUUCAUAUUUUUGGCUGCUAUGGCACUGCUGAUGUAAAACAGGAUUUGGUGCCGACUUAUACUGCAAGCCAGUGUGUACAUCAGCAGAUCUUGUAAAUUUAUAGAUGCAGGUAGUCUUCUUGCAUUGACCCUCCAAAUAAUUUUCCGGUAACGUGAGGGUUGGACGAUAAUGAAACCACAGUUGGGUCUUCACCGGUAGAAGCUGUUUCUCAAGAAGCAAACAGGCCCUUCUACGAAAAUAUUGACUAGAUACACACAUUUUGAUGACAACCCGAUUCGGGCAUGGUAAGUUUCCUUGAUAGCAAGUUGUUAUGGAGAGUGGUUCACUGUUUGAUCACCCGAGUAUCUUUGAGAGAAGCUAACUGGUAUAUGAAAAUCAGAAGAAAUUAGAUCCGCCAAGACAUGAAAUGAAACUAAGCUGUAUCUUUUUGUCAAAUUUAGUGAGUUUAUUUUGACCAUCUCUUGCAAAAC